UACUAUUUUACGGUUACACUUUCGUCCUCCGGUCAAAUGCGUCUUCCACGGCAUGCAACAGCGUUGAAUCCAAUGACAGUAACAGAAGUGUUCCAUAGUCAUGCAGGUUAUGGAAACUUAAUUUCCGUGUCUCGACGGACAAAACCGCCCAGAGAGAAUAAACAGCAGACUCCCUGGGUCAGCACUGUGCAUUGAAACAGGAUGGCCUCCUCUUCACCCCAUGACCGCAGCCGUAAAGACGAUGAUGAUGACGACCCUGUUGAACGGAUGAUAUCCCGCACGGGCUGUGCUGAGCUACACUAUGCUGUGCAGGAGUGCAUGGCUGAGCACCAGGACUGGCGUGUGUGCCAGAGCCAGGUCCAGACUUUCAAAGACUGCAUGAUGAAUUUCCAAAUCGCCCGGAAAGAACAGCUCAUGAAGCAGCAAACCUCCACUGAGUCUGCACCCAGCUGAACUUACAACACCACACACACACACACACACACACACACACGCUGGGAUGUGUUGACAAAAUGCGCUUUAGGUGGAAAGACUGUACCUCAUUUAAUUAUUGUUAAUGAAAAUAAAGCUA